AUGUCCACGUCCACAACAACAACACCUCGCACGUCGACCGACAAGCUGAACUCAUGGAAAUCGCUUUCUUCUGCUAUAUCCGUCCGCUCCUCUGCAUGUGCAUCUACGCUGAAAGAGCCAAGCAAGACACGAAGCCUUUGGAACUCUAUCAAGCGACAUACACAAGAACACCAUCAAAGCCUGAACGCGGCGUAUGCGACAUACUAUGGUCAAGGAAGUUAUCUGGAUGAGCAUUGCGGUGCAAGGAACCAAGAACACUGGCGAUAUCGACGUGGUGGGAAUGCCUAA